GGCGCAUGCGCACAUCGCAUGGCCCUUGGCGGAAACUUCGGGCGCGGCGGAGGGCCGGGGUUUGACAGAGGUUCCUCCAUGGCUCUGGGGGUGGAAUGGCUGCUAAGACGAUGGAAGGAAUUGCUUCCUGGUCUGACAACCCGUGUCCUCCAGAGGCAGUAUCUUUAUAGAUGUCACCAUGGCCCCACUCACAGAGCAAAGCGUCUGGUGCUGUCCCAGCUCUUUCAGCCUCUGAAUCUUCGGGAGGACAGUGUGGUUGGGCUGGAGAGCAAACCUGACGAUCUGACAUGUAAGAGUCAGAGGCUGAUGAUACAAGCAGGGUUAAUCUACCCCUCUAGCCCCGGCUGCUACUACUACAUGCCUUACACUGUUCGAGCAAUGGAGAAGCUUGUCAAGGUGAUAGACCAAGAAAUGCAGGCUAUCGGGGGGCAGAAGCUAAAUAUGCCCAGUUUAAGUUCUGCAGAGCUCUGGAGAACCAGUGGGCGGUGGGAUUUAAUGGGCAAAGAGCUCUUCCGACUUGCAGACAGACACAGCAAAGAGUACUGUCUGGGGCCAACUCACGAAGAGACCAUCGCAGACCUGAUUGCCUCCCAAGCGAACUUGUCCUACAAGCAGCUGCCGCUCCUGCUAUAUCAGAUAACACGGAAGUUUCGAGAUGAGCCCAAGCCCCGUUUUGGCUUGCUGCGCAGCAGGGAAUUCUACAUGAAGGACAUGUACACAUUUGACACCUGUGAGGAAGCUGCUCGCCAGACCUACAGCCUGGUGUGUGAGGCCUACUGCAACGUGUUUAACAGCUUGGGGUUCCACUUUGUCAAAGUGCAGGCAGAUACGGGCAGCAUUGGAGGGAGCAUGUCCCACGAGUUCCAGCUCCCCGCAGGCAUUGGAGAGGACAGGCUGAUGAUCUGCUCCAACUGUAGUUUUUCAGCCAACGUGGAAACAAUAAAUCCUGACCAGACAGACUGCCCAGUUUGCAAAGGAAAACUGUCUGAGAGCAAAGGGAUUGAAGUUGGGCAUACGUUUUAUCUGGGCACCAAGUACUCUUCUGUUUUUAAUGUCAACUUCCACACUGCCCAAAACAAACCUGUCCUAGCAGAAAUGGGUUGCUAUGGCUUGGGCAUAACUCGGAUUCUGGCUGCUUCUGUCGAGGUGCUUUCAACAGAAGACAGCAUCCGUUGGCCAGCCCUCAUUGCACCUUACCAGGUCUGCCUCAUUCCCCCUAAGAAAGGCAGCAAGGAAGAGAUGGGUGCGGUGCUAAUGGAUAAUUUAUAUGACAGUAUUGUCGAAGCCGUGCCUCAGAUUAAAGGGGAAGCUGUGCUGGAUGACAGGACUCACUUGACCAUUGGUAAAAGAUUAAAAGAUGCUAACAGACUUGGUUACCCGUAUGUUAUAAUAGCUGGGAAGAAAGUUUUUGAUAAUCCCCCCGAGUUUGAAGUUUGGAAUCAAAACACUGGCGAGAUCAUGUUCCUUACUAAAGAAGGUGUAAUUGAAUUGCUAAGUAAAGUGCAAGUUCCCUGAC